CUUCGGUAUUUUCAGUACCUACCCUAGAAGACGCCGCGAACUCCCCUCGAAUCUCACCCCUUCGAGCCAGAUCGAUCCCCUCCGUAUAUGCAAGUCCUGGGUCGAGUCUGUCUGAUCUUGGCCUCAAGUCGCAUCUUUCUCCUCUUUUUAAUCCUCCAUUGUAUUCUGUCCUCACCCUUGACGUCCUUCUCUUCCUUCAUCCCCCCCCCCCCCCCCCCCCCCUCCCUCUCUCUCUCUCUCUCUCUCUCUGUCUCUGUCUCUCUCUCGCGCGCCUGUUGUCGCCUACCAGGUCGCAAAUUCGCCUCCUCCUCCUUCAAUCUUUCUCCGCCCUCGACCACUUUCGCUCUCUCCCUUCCACCCUCAUCGCCCUCGACCAUCGACUACAGGAAUACCGCAAUCCUCUCUCCUUUUGAUCUGCUGAUUCGUUGGCUUCUCCAGUCGAUCAUCGCACCAUGCCUUUUCCCUGACCCUCGCGCCCUGCCUGCCUUGCGUGCGAUUGAAUCGAGACCGAUUUUCGACCACCACCAUCCUCACAAACGAAUUCAUCGUUGACUCGCCUAUAUAUAUAGAUAUAUAUAUAUAUAUCUCUCUCUCUCGUCAGGAGUCGAAUUUCAUAUACUCCACUCCAUUCUCUUGUUAAAAAAAAAAAAAUCACCCCCCAACAACAACAACCAAGUCGGAGAAAAUAAAGGGCUGGUCAACUUUCGACUUCCUGCACUCCUCCCCGACCGUGGUCUCGGGACAAGGGCCCUUGGAGCACAUAUCUCUUCAUCCAAGAUACUUUCCCGGUAUUAUCAUUGUUUUUUUUUUUUCUCUCUUUUCACUGGGAGGGGCGCCCAGGAUUG